UGGUCAUGUGACUGGAUCCACAGUUGCGACUGAACACGCACAUUAAUGUGAAGGGAAGAGCUUUAAUUGUAUUCGAUACAAUCAGCCUCACGACUGCUGCAUGAAGAGUGCGUUUGGUCCAAGUGUUUUUUAAUCAAAUGUAGCUUCUACAUUGUUCCAUGUAUUCAAGUAUUUGUAUUCGAUAUCCAGAACCCUUUUUUUUUUGGCAGAAUGCUUAGAGAAACGCUCGUUGUUCUUUUGCUGUGGGCCGUCCUGAAGUCAUGUCAUUCUCGGGGCUGCUCCGGCUUCUUCUGCCGAAAAAACCUCCGUGUCAGCAAGAGCCAUGAAGGAGCAGACCCUGGUGAACCUCUGUUUCUCACCCCUUAUUUGGAAAAGGGUGCUAUCGAUGAAGCCAGGAAACUGAGUCUGGUAGGACCCUUACCCGGUGCCAACGUGAAGAGUUAUGCUGGGUACCUCACUGUCAACAAGAAGUACAACAGCAAUCUCUACUUCUGGUUCUUCCCUGCCAAGGAGCGGCCCGAGACGGCCCCUGUGCUGCUGUGGCUGCAGGGCGGCCCAGGCGGCACAUCCAUGUUUGGGCUCUUCGUAGAACAUGGACCCUACCUGGUGAACAAGAAUAUGACAGCGAGUUUCCGUGAUUAUCCAUGGACCUCCAGAUACUCUGUUGUUUACAUUGAUAAUCCAGUUGGAACAGGUUUCAGUUUUACUGAUGACGACAAAGGGUUUGCUCAGAACCAAGAUGAUGUUGGCAGAGAUCUGUACAGUGCGUUGACUCAAUUCUUUCAGCUCUUUCCCGAGUACCAGGCUAAUGACUUCUAUGCUACUGGAGAGUCUUAUGCCGGGAAGUAUGUUCCAGCCAUUAGUUACUACAUCCAUAAACACAACCCCAUUGCCAAGGUUAAGAUUAACCUCAAGGGCAUGGCCAUCGGGGACGGCCUCUGUGAUCCGGAGCUGAUGUUGGGUGGCUAUGCGGAGUUCCUCUACCAGACAGGGCUGGUGGAUGAGCUCCAGAAGCAGUACGUGGAGGAGCAGACCUCCAGAGGCACUCAGCUCAUCCAGCAGCAGAAGUGGCUGGAGGCCUUCAAGGUGUUUGACAGCUUGCUGAAUGGUGACCUGGAGCCCUACCCCUCCUAUUUCCAGAAUGUAACUGGCUGUACAAACUACUUCAACUACAUGUUGUGUCAGGAGCCCGAGGACCAGGAAUACUUCUCCCAGUUUGUUACGCUGCCAAAGGUUCGGCUCUCCAUCCACGUGGGGAACCUGAGCUUCCAUGAUGGCUCUGAGGUGGAGAAGCACCUGCUGCAAGACGUCAUGAAGAGCAUCAAACCCUGGCUGGGAGAGCUGAUGGACAACUACAGGGUGUUGAUGUACAACGGUCAACUGGAUGUGAUAGUCGCCGCCCCGCUGACUCAACGCUUUCUGCCGACGGUCAACUGGACGGGGGCCGCAGAGUACAGGACGGCCCCUCGGUUCCACUGGAGGCUACAGCCUGGGGACCGGGAGGUGGCCGGCUAUGUGAGACAAGUGGGGGAGUUUUACCAGGUGAUCAUUCGUGGGGGAGGACACAUUCUGCCUUAUGACCAACCAGAAAGAUCCUUUGAUAUGAUUGACAGGUUUUUGUCCACCAAUGGUUGGCACUGAGGCUGUUGAUGCUGAAAGGCCUCCACUCCGUGCAGCCUGACUACGGAGAGUUAAUUUACAUGUUGAUUGAUCUUAUUUUUGCAAGGCUGUGCAGGCACAUUAUUUUUUAAAACGCUUAUUCUAAAAGGUGGAACAUUUCCCAUUUAUUAAGAAUAUAAUUGCUCCACAAUGAUGCACUGAUAAAUAAUGUUCUUCAGUUUGUACAUUUCUGGAUUCUAGGUCAGCAAUUUUCUUUGUUUCAUAAGUGCAUUUAGACCAGGACUAUCUGACCUGGGAAUCCUAGUUUGCACAGUGCAUUUAGACAAUGACUCUCCCCUGGGUCUUUUGUUUUGGGUGUAAGGUAUUUAUACUCUACAUUAAAAUUGCAUGUAUUUUAUGAUAAACAAAGAUUAUGACUACAUAAAAAAAAAUGGUGGCAUAUUGCAGGUUGAAUUGAUUCUGUAAAUUGAAUAACGCUGGUAAUUGUUUGUACAUUUUGGCAAAAACAUCCAUGUAACCUGGAGCAAAAACUGUGCUUUUUAAACUGUAUAACACACAUGUAGUUGCUCUAUUGAAAAGAAAAGGUGUGGUUUGCCCUGCCAUCCUCUUCUAUUGAAGGAGAUGUCUGUUCCAGAACAAGUGCUUUAUUUCCAUAUCAUAAUGUAGCAACUAAGACGCAUAGCAUCUGUACAGUUAAAAAAAACAAGAGGAAAUGUACUGUACAAAGUUAUAUAGGCAAGAAAGGAUUUAUAAAUUCAUCACACAAUAUAUUUAGGCGCUGAAAUUAACUUCUCAACGUAGAUAACAAGUGCUAUGCAAACAUUAUUUACAAAACACGUAGCACGCAUUUUCUCGAUUUUUCGUAAAAAAGAAAGGUUACCUUACAUGUACAAGAUAAAAUAAAUGAAUCACAUUCUAUACAAUAUGUAUAGGGUUUAGAUUUAAAAAAUGA